GAACAAGCGCAUGCGUUUACACUCCACUCCUUUACCAAAUUCAGCUCGCUCAUACGCGGGCACCCGACACAAGGUCGACCACAAAGUUUCGAUUCCGCACGAGGGCAUUCGGAGCCCUUCAUUCUUUUAUGCACGGCGUCAAACCAGGCAGCCCGCAGCGUAGCUCCCGUUGCUCGACAUCAGCCAAUUCUCCUACGCCAAGCAGGCUCCGCGCAGCGCCGUCGGCGCCGUCAGUCCCUUCGCACGUCGCUGCUCCGCGUCGCAGCACAAUGGUGCUCGGAAUUAAGACCGUCGCUAGCUUCGUGUCGAAGCCGUUCCGGCGCGGCGGCAAGAGCUCGCGACUGGAGGCGUCGUCGCGCGAGCCCAUGACGCAAGCGGAGAUUGAGGACCUGGUGCUGAAGUUGAACAAGAUCGAGGCGGUCAAGUUCGGCGAGUUCAAGCUGAAGAGCGGGCUCAUCUCGCCCGUGUACGUGGACCUUCGCGUCAUCGUGUCCUACCCCGAUGUGCUGGAGCAGGUGUCCCGCAUGAUGUGGAACGCCGUGCGCGGCUGCGAGUACGACAUCAUCUGUGGCGUGCCGUAUACCGCCCUGCCCAUUGCCACCUGCAUGUCGCUGGGCUACGGCGAGGCCAUGGUCAUGCGCCGCAAGGAGGUGAAGGACUACGGCACCAAGAAGGCCAUUGAGGGCGCCUACAAGGCUGGCCAGCGCUGCCUGAUCGUGGAGGACCUGGUCACUAGCGGAGCCUCAGUGCUGGAGACCCUGGAGCCGCUGCAGAACGAGGGCCUGAUCGUGAAGGACGUGGUGGUGCUGAUCGACCGCGAGCAGGGCGGCGAGGCGCACCUGGCCAAGAACGGGCUGGCGCUGCACGCCGCCUUCAAGCUGAGCGCCAUGCUGGACGUGCUCACACGCAACAAGCUGGUCACGGAGGAGGUGGCGGCCAAGGUGCGCAAGUUCAUCUCGGAGAACCAGACCACCCUGCCCAGUGCUGGUGCCGCGCCCGCCGCUGCCCCGGCCGCCGCGCCCGCCAAGCCCAAGCGUCUGCCUUACGAGCAGCGCAUCCCGCUUGCCAAGAACGCCAUGGCCAAGCGCUGCCUGGAGGUGAUGGUGCGCAAGCAGACCAACCUGUCGGUGGCGGCGGACGUGGACACCGCGGAGGAGAUGCUGGCGCUGGCAGACAAGGUCGGCCCUUACAUCUGCGUGUUCAAGACGCACGUGGACAUCUUCGACAAGUGGGAUGUGUCCAUCGCCAACAAGCUCACGGAGCUGGCCAACAAGCACGACUUCCUCAUUUUCGAGGACCGCAAGUUCGCUGACAUCGGCAACACCGUGGUGUCUCAGUACGCGGGCGGCAUCUACAAGAUCGCGGACUGGAGCCACAUCACCAAUGCGCACCUGGUGCCCGGGCCCGGCAUCAUUGACGGCCUCAAAACCGUGGGCCUGCCCAAGGGCCGCGGCUGCCUGUUGCUCGCUGAGAUGAGCAGCAAGGGCACGCUGGCUAACGGUGCCUACACGGAGGCGGUGGCGGCGGCCGCCGAGCAGCACCAGGACUUUGUGAUGGGCUUCAUCUCCGUCAACCCCGCCUCUUGGAAGUGCGGCCCUGGCUCCCCAGGCCUCCUCCACAUGACCCCCGGCGUGCAGAUGGCGGCGGGCGGCGACGCUCUGGGCCAGCAGUACAACACGCCCGCGGACGUCAUCGGCGUGCGCGGCUCGGACGUCAUCAUCGUCGGCCGCGGCGUCAUCAAGGCCGCAGACCCCGCCGCCGCCGCCAAGCAGUACCGCGACGCGGGCUGGGCCGCCUACAAGGCCGCGCUCUAAGCGUUGCCGUGUGGUGGGUGUUGCGAGCGUGAUGCGUGCGUUGGCAUUGGGGUCAUGAUUGGAUGCAUGUCUUGAGGGCUGUGGGAAUUGAGUGGGAGUGCAGCGGGAGGUGGGGUAGCAGAACAGUAGUGCAGUAGCGGCGGAGUACCGUAGCUACAGUGCACGCGAUGUUUGAAUAGAUGGCGAGGGAAACAUGGAUGAUCCCUUGGCAUGGAACCAGGGUGCGCGCUAUGACGGCGGCGACGAAGCACGCGCUCCUCGAAUUGGCACUUGGAGCGUCGCAAUGUGUUGAUGCGGAGCGCGUGGCGGGGUACAGGGUGAAGGGAGAAGGUGUGCAGCAAUGAUAAGAUGGCGCGGUGAUGGAGCCCGGGUCACACACGGCAGGCGGCGGCGGGUGCUUGACCAGGCGGGAGGUAUUUGGGGGUGAGCCGCUUGCACGAUGCAUUCCAUUCCCAUCAAAGCGGUGGGCGUAUUGGCUAUUGGUCAAGUCUUCGCUAGCUUGUUUGCUAUGCCAUUGAACACCCAGGGGACGCCGACCUGUCUGGACUCAGGAGCCGUGACCUGCGCUGCGAUCUGACAGACUGAGUGUAAUGGUCCUAGUGC